UGGAAAGGCUGCAGGCGCGGUAAUGGCCAACCACCGGAUGCAGGGUGCAAAUGGAUGGGUGGAGUGAUCGACGGCAGAGGCCACACGUAAAUAUCAUGGUGUCCUACCUUGCCAGUGUCGUUUUUUGGAAGUCGGAGUGCUUAGUCAGAAGGGAGAAGGGGGCGGCGGCAUAUCAUGCAAUCUUAUCAAAGGCGAUCAAAGAGAUUGGGGAGAAGUCUGUUGUUGGCGUCAUAAUGGACAAUGCGCCGGUAUGUGGAACUGCAGGGAGGAUGGUGGAGGCGGAGUUCAAAGGUGUUUUCAGUGUCCCCUGCACGGCUCACAGCAUUGAUCUCAUCUUGCACGACAUCGGGAAGAUCGCAUGGGUCGACGCUGUUAUGAAGAAGGUUGUGGCGGUUACAAAAUUCUUUACGAACCAUCAGAAGAGGGAGGAGAUUGAAGAAGCAGUCAUGCGCAGAUGGAACACCAUGACCAGCCCUUUGCAUUGCGCAUCAUUGUUUCUGGACCCGGAGUACAGGGGAACUAACCCGCAGCACGACAAUGAAAUUAUGGCGGGGUUCUGGACAUGGGUGUACAGCUGGUGCGAAGAGAAGGAUUGGCCGAAGGUGGAAGUGGAUUUCAACAACGGGAUUGACAAGAAGGGAGCCUUCGGCACACUCAAAGCGUUCGAUGCAGCAAGGGAUGAGCAGCCGGGAAGAUGGUGGAGGCGCUGGUGUUAUGAGUUGCGUCUGCUGCAGCCGCAGGCUAUCCGCUUGCUCGGGCAAGCGAGUUCCACAUCAGGCUGCGAACGGAACUGGAGUCUCUUUGAAGCCAUCCAUUCGCGGCCUCGAAAUUGUCUUGGUGCAGAGACACUGAAAACUCUGGUAUUUAACCGCUGGAAUCUGCAUCUGCUGAAAAACAUUCAUCAAAUGCCACGGGAGAAAGACGGCCGCAUCGAAUGGAUGGAAACCCCGUCAGAGAAGGACGUGACAGCGGUCGCAAGGGAGCGGUCAGACGAAUGGAGGGGCAAGGUGGGGACGGGGGAGGACAUGAACGCGGUCGACAACAAAUGGGAAGAUGAUGAUGCCCCUUUAGUGCCUAGGAGAGAGGAAUGCGGCAGUGAUGAGGAAGUGCCCGAAGAGGAAGGCGACCAGAGCAGCGAAGUUCCUCGCGGAGAAAAUGUCUACACAAUUGCCAACUCCAACGAUCAUGAGUCACGAACAUGCAGUGAGUCAGUGACUCAUCGCAAGGAUGCAGGGCGUCCUCCUUUGCCUGUGAACCCAGCUCCCAAACAACGGCGCGGCAGGCCCAACAAUGCUGAAAAGGCUGCAAGGGAGAAAGUUGCACAGGCCGCCCGUGAAUCUCAAGGCAAUGGAGGAGAAGGGGGCGGGGUGGGUGCAGAGGAUGAUGAUGCCUCCUCGAAAUACAGCAGUGAUUAGAGUGCGCCUUUGGCGGUGAAAUGCCAGAGGGGCAAAGAAACACACACGGAGAGAGAGAGAUAGAGAGAGAGAGAGAGAGAGAGAGAGAGAGAGAGAGAGAGAGAGAGAGAGAGAGAGAGAGAGAGAGAGAACUGGGUAUUCCACUAUGAACUGCGAACUGCUAAAGUCUUAAACUUUAGCAAAAAAUAAUUUAACACCUUGAAUAAAUUUUAUUACAAAGU